CCCGCCGGUUGAAGCAUGGAGGAGUUAGCCAGAGAGAGCAUCAGUCUACUGGCUUCAGCCUCGGCCAAGCCCCGACUGGAUGUGGCCGCCGGGCCCCGGCUCGGCUCCUUGGGGGCCAUUUUCAUCAUGCUGAAAUCCGCCCUGGGCGCCGGCCUCCUCAACUUCCCCUGGGCCUUCGAGAGAGCCGGGGGCAUCCGCAGCGCAGUCACCGUGGAGCUGGUCUCCCUUGUGUUCCUGGUCAGCGGUCUGAUCAUCCUGGGCUACUCGUCGUCCAUCAGUGGCCAGUGCACGUACCAGGCGGUGGUGAAGGAGGUGUGCGGUCCGGCCAUCGGUCAGCUGUGUGAGAUCUGCUUCGUCUUCAACCUCUUCAUGAUCUCCGUGGCCUUCCUGGUGAUUGUGGACGACCAGCUGGAGAAGUUGUGCGGCUCCCUGUACGAGCUGAUCACCGAUCUGCCGGCGUCGGAGAUGCCGCACCACUUCUACACGGACCAGCACUUCGGGCUGGUGCUGCUCUGCCUCUUCCUCAUCCUGCCGCUGUCCAUCCCCAAAGAGAUCAGCAUUCAGAAAUACAUCAGUGGUCUUGGCACUCUGGCUGCAACCUACCUGACCAUUGCCAUCAUCGUGAAAUACUACACCACGCCUUCUGUUCUGGUUCACAUCUCGCCUCUCUACACCAGUGGGAUCAGCUCCUGGUCCUCCAUGUUCAGCGUCAUACCGACCAUCUGCUUUGGUUUCCAGUGCCACGAGGCGUGCAUCACCAUCUACAGCAGCAUGGAGAACCAGCGGCUCUCUCACUGGGUCUUCAUCUCUGUGGUCUCCAUGAUCUUUUGUCUCGUCAUCUACUCCCUCACAGGGGCUUAUGGGUACCUGACAUUUGGAAAGGACGUGAAGGCCGACAUUCUGAUGUCGUACACUGGCGAUGACAUUCUGAUUCUCAUCGCCAGGCUGCUGUUUGGAAUCUCCAUCAUCACCAUCUAUCCCAUCAUCCUGCUGCUGGGCAGGUCCGUGAUCCAGGACCCCCUGCUGAGCUGGCGGCGGCGGAGGCGGCACGGCGCAGUGACCGCGGAGUUCGAGAGCCGCAGCCGCUACGUGCUAUCGGUCCUGUGGAUCACGUUGACGCUGCUCAUCGCCACGUACGUGCCGGACAUCAGCAAGGUCAUCAGCGUCAUCGGAGGGAUCAGCGCCUUCUUCAUCUUCAUCUUCCCAGGACUCUGUUUGAUGUUCGCCAUGCAGUCGGAGCCAGUCUCCUGUAAAACAAGAGUGGUCCUCACAGCAUGGGGAGUGGUGACCCUGCUCUGCGGGGCUUUCAUCUUCGGCCAGAGCACCACCACCGCCGUCAUGCAGGUCCUCGGGAAGAUCUGACAGCUCCUCCUCCAUCACUGAUCCAAGGGGUUGACAUGGAGACCAGAUCACGUCCCCCUUUCCUCUCCCCUAAAGAGCCCAUGACUAAAUUAUGACCACCGUGGACUUGAAGAAUGGACACGGCCCCUGAACUACAGAGUGGCCCCUCAAAACUUGCAACUACUGUAAUGGCCUUUAACCCCCCCCCCCUCACUUUCAUUCGGGUUAAUUGUUCCUAGCUGCACGUGACAACGAGCUCCGUCUGCCUCUUGCCUUACUGAGACAAUCUGAUUGAAAUCCUCAGGUUUGUUCAUAUUUAUAUUGUAACUGAUCUGCUGUAUUUGUGCAUAUCAGCAUUAGACCUGGCUGUAUUUGAGAACACAUUAACAUACAGUAUGUGGGUAAGGAGCUUAAACUGAUGGUGGGCAGGGUGUUGAAGACAUGUUUGUUUCUUUUUUUCCAUCUUUGUUAUUUUCUUGAACAAUGUAUUACAUUUGAAUGGUGGGCACAAUAUUUAAUUGUCAGUAGUGUAACAUUAUACCGAUAUGAAAUUCAAACUUGACAGCUGUUAUUAUGUGUGCCAAACAUGGUGCAGUAAGCCAGUUACCACUAGAAUAUGAGAAGGAGGCCUGAUUGGGAAUAUUUCAAAGAGCUGCUGGUGUCUAGAGCCGUAGAGAUGCUCCGGAAACCACGACCACCGGAGCGGUAAACUAUCACCGCUGCAAUAUGCAACCGAGGGCUGGAACGCUACCAAAAUGCACACCCACGUCAACCAGGGGUGACAUUAAUGGCUGUAAUGAUGCCAGGACAUGUUAGCUGUGUGUUAGCAAGUUACUGUAGUUAGCCACAGCUCUUUGACACGUAAUACUGCAACGCUUUCUGACUUGUUUGCGAGCAGAUGGAAUUCCCCUCCGGUGUGGGCGGGACUUAAUCGCUCUAUAUGUUUUAGGAAGACUUGGGUUGACGGGUUGCUUGAGGUUUGUCACAACAAAAGGGCUGCGAGGAGGUUUUCUUGAUGUUUCUGUAUAGUUGGAUGCAAGUGUGUGUGAAUAAGUCAUGUUAUUUCUUUUGAUUGUUAAAAAGAAAAAUGUGCUGCACUUAACUUUUUUUUUUUUAUUAAAUAUCCAAGUAGUCACAUUAAAGGUGAAUAUUAA